CAGGUAUAAAGGCUGGAUCAAGUCAUCGUCGUCCUCUUUACCACACACAUGUUCAUUGGAGGGUUCUUCGGGUUUAUUCUCGACAAUACCAUUCCAGGUACCGAUAAGGAGCGAGGCAUUAAAAAUUGGCGGGACAAGGAGCACUUUGAGAGCCAGAAAAUGUGUGACCAGUCCUGCUAUGAGCUGCCGUACUGCAGCAGCCUCUUCAGACGCUUCAGGUGUUUCCAGUAUCUGCCCUUCCUGCCAUCUUAUAAAACCACUCAAGAGGGGGCAUACAUGUAAUGUGGGUAUUUAAGAAGACAGAGCUGGUUUAUUAGGCCUGUAAAAGCAAAUGGUGGUUAAAGGAUCAAGUCUGGGGAUUUUCCAUACUUCAAUUAUUGUCAACACAUCCAGCAUUUAACCAUUUAG